AUGGCUUCUACCGCCUCCUCCUCCGGAACUGGAACCGUCCAGAUCGUCCUUGCCUACGGGCACCAACACAGCCACUUCCAAGCCUCCGACCUGGAAUACAUCAUCCCAAUCAUCCACUCAAGGCACGUCAUGCUCACCCUGGUGCGGCAGGACACAACCAACUGCGACUGGAUCCACGUCACCAACGGGCCGGAGCAGUACGAGCGCCUGAUCGAGCACCACAGGAACGAGCGCGACACCAACGCAGAGUCCUCCGAGCAGGUCGGGCAGGUGCCGGAGCACGACGUGCCUCAGAUCUUGCAGAUUGCCGAGUCGAUCCCGGCCCAGCGGUGCCAGCUGUACGCGGCGGCGUUGCUGGAUCGCCUCGCCGAGCGUGGGUUCGUCGAACGUGCAACGGCCCAGCGCUUCCGCUCAAACAUCGGUCCCUGCGUCGCGGAUCAGCUGCGGGCCCCGCCUGUGAGUAGGACUGAGGACGCUGUUGAAUUCAUCACGAGACACUAUGCGUUCUCGUACGAAAUGAGCGACGAGGCGGAUAUGCUCAAGGACCGGUGCUUCCACGAUCAGCGGAUUGAGCCUGAUCCUGUCCGCGUUGCGAUGCUAGACCUGAUGCUUCGAGAUCCGGAAUUUGCCCGUUUUAUGUUUGGUCUUGCUGGCUAUGGCAGUGAUGCUGAUUCGGCCCGUGGAGCUGGGGUUGGUGGAGGGGAUGCGCAGGCUGGCUCCUCGAGGCCCCGUACGAACCGUCGUCAGCAGGAUCAAGGACCGGCAGAGCAGCGUUGA